AGAGAGAAAACAGAUCUUCUGUUCAUUUUCUUCCCCACGACGCCUCGCCAUCCUCUUUCUUCAUUCCUCUUUUCGCAUAAUUCUCUCGGCCUCUUCUCCACUUCGCCGCCCAAAUCUUGUGUUCUCCAUCUUAACUCUACUUUCAAUUUUAGAAAAUCGGGCGGCGGGAUUCGCUGGCCCUUGGGGCGGAGACUGGUAGGAGGAUGACUAUGUAAUGGGGAGUCUGGGUCUGGGGCUGGCCAAGCCCCCGCUGGCGCGGGGGCUUGUCCCCACGUAGUUCCGUCGCUGUUUGAGGCGGUUGCUUUCCUCUCCAACAAUUAUGAGCUGAAACAGCCGCUGGAGAAUGUAGUGAUGUAUAUGUGGUCGGAUCCGAUCACGUAUCUCCGGCUGUUUUUUUGGAGCUGUGCGCUAGUCGCCGUCAUUUUCUUACACCUCAUAUAAAGAUGCUAUGGUGCAUAUGUGGAAGAAAAAUGAAGGUCUUUAUUCAAUUUUGUGCAAGUGGUAUGUUGCUAAGAGGCCGUAUAAUAGAGUGCCCGGUGAAGAUUUUCGUACGGCAUACAUCGAAGCAACAAAAUAUGGUGCCAAGGUCAUACUUGGUGAUAGACCUGAAGAGGUUACAACUUUGAGAUAUUGGGCAAACACGUCUCUUUGGCAAAUCUAUCUGCAACAUACAACACCAGAUUACAUUUUUUUGCCGGAAGACCUCGCCGAGAAGGUGGAGGAGUCACGAAGGACUGGGAAGGUUGAUGCUGACACGGUGAAACAAGUGAUUUGUGAGCUGACCAAGCAAGAUCCUAUCGGUUCAAAAAUUCAAAUCGAUGAGCGGGACCAAUAUAUGUCCUUCAAAUUACUAGAAGCCGCACGCCAGCAUAAGUCAGUCGUUGCUGUUGUGGGGAGGGCUCACGUACCAUGAAUCCAAAACUACUGGAAACAACAUGUUGAGCUGGAACCGCUUCUGAACGUCCCACUUCGAACGAAAAUGCUUAGAAUUGCAGCAAGAGUUGCACAGGUUGCCUGUCUCUAUGGCACUUAUCUCUACUUCGAUGAGUUGAAACAAGGAUGGAUACAAUUUGUUGAGGCUCUUCCAAAAGUUCCAAAAAAUCGAGUGGAUUGAUUCGAUUUUCUCGUUUGAGUGUCUCAAUUUUGCCAUUGAAGCUAAGCCCAUAUACAUCAUUUGGGCCCUAAUUCUGCAGUCCAUAACAUUUAUUGGGUCGGGCUUGUUUGAUACUCUAAUUCGAGUGGCAUGGGACUCGUCCAUCCUUAACCAAACGAUCAGGGGGGGGAUCGAUCCCUGCCUUUGGGUAUGGAGCAGCUUUAAAUCCUUGGGCCAGCUGUCCCACCCAUUAAAUGUGUAAAUCAGCACGGGAAAUAGUCACAGGGCCCACCGAUGGAUGCCCUUGGUAAUUAAAAAAAAAUGGUAGAGGGUUUUAUUAUAUUCGUAGCUCAUUAUUGUUAUUACCAGAUUUUAUGGUCAUUUUAUUUAAUUAAAUUUGUCCGGUUAUUGAGACCA